AUGUCGUUUCCAUCCAAGUGUACACUCCCUGCGUUUCCGUCUAGAUUUGAUGGGACGGGCGAUGCGGUUGAACACAUAAAAAUGUAUACUAUGUCGCUAAUCCAAUGGAAGAACAAUGAGGUGGUAAUGUGUAAGUUCUUCCCAGCAAGCCUAGAGGGCGAGGCGAGGAACUGGUUCUACGCGCUUUCACCAGAGUCGAUCGACAGUUAUGAGGAUCUAAUUGAAGCCUUCUUAGAAACUUACAUGCAUAACAGUAGACCUUGGCCCAGAGUAAAUAGAUUGUCCACUCUGGCUCGAAGGUUCAAAAAACCCCUCAGAUCAUUGACUGAUCGGUGGAGAAAACUGUGCAUAGAGAUUGGGAAAGUACCAGUCGAUCAACAGAUCUUUGGAUUCGAAAAUGCGUUGGGAAGGUCGGACCCCAUCUGGAUAGCCAUGUUUACUGAAAAACCGCAAACACUGAAAGAAAUGCGGAAAAUGCAAGAACACUACAUCGCACUGGAAGAGAUUCAAGAAGAAGCGAGGGGUAGGGGAGUACAAGAGGCUAGUGCAACAAUUAGGGCGACCCCAGGCGACACUCCCCGACGGCCCGAGAAGCGACCAGACCCACCACCACGAGGAAACGGGAAGAAGGAGUGGAUAACAAAAGGGAAAAAGCCGAGACACGAGCCGAGAGCCUACACCCCAUUGAACGUACCAUUGGAAGAAAUUUUCAAGGAAUUCGAGAAGAGGAACAACAUCAUCUACCCGGCAUCAAGGGGGGUACAGUUCGAAGAAACCAAGGACCACCCCGAGUAA